UUAACGUUGAGGCAGGAGGUCAUAAAAGCGGUGGCGAAAAACCUCCAAUCUAACCAUUACAGACUUUACAGUCCUUCACUCCCUCCCUCCCUCGCAAUCCGUUGAAUCAGCAGGCGUAACGAUGGGUAGUGACAAAAAAUCGAAGGAUAAAACAAGGAAAAGAAGUGCCGAUUCUCAUUCUCAAGAUGAAGGUCAAGCUAAAAGACACAAAAAAUCGGAUGAUUUGGGAGAAGGAAGCAAGAAAAGAGACAAAUCCCAUCAUUCCAAAUCUCAUAAGCAUUCCAAACGAGAAGAAAAGAAGUCAGAAAAGAAGCAUAAAACUGAAGGAUCUAAAUCUGGCCGACAUUCUAUACCUGAUUUUAAAGAGUUGUCAAAAGAUGACUACUACUCCAAGAACAACGAAUUUGCUACAUGGCUAAAGGAGAAGAAACAAAAGUUCUUUUCAGACCUUUCCUCGGAUUCAACAAGAAAACUGUUCUCAGAAUUUGUAGAAGUGUGGAACUCUAAAAAGCUGGAUCCCAAGUACUAUACGGGCAUACAAACAGCCCCUCGAUCAUCUCAUAAGUGGAAAAUAAAAAGUUAGUCAAGACCAGCAACAUUAUGCACUAUAAAGGUUAUCCUUAACUCUUUUCUUUUUCUGGUUUGACCUGCGUUUUGUAUCUAUAUUAUGGACUCCUCAAACCGAAUGAUAUAUGCUGUUAGUAGGUAUAGACUUUUAAUUCACCUGGAUAUUUGACAGCUCAAGGUGUUGGUUUGUUGAGCUACCCCUUUGCAUCAGGUUGAGUUUGUUUUGCUUUUGUCAGUGUUAAGCUGUGAAUCGUAGCUGAAGAGAUGAUCAAUUAAUCAUGUCGUGGUAUCGUGAUCCUCUUGAGAUGAAGUUCCUAUGGUGUUCCAAACUGAUGCAAGUCGUGCGAUUUUGUUGUAGUUCAAAUAGCUUAAAUGUUUAACGUGGCUUAAACUCAUGGCUUCAAGCUCAAAAGAUCAGACUUGUUAGGCUGUGUUUCAAGGUGGAGAUUCCCCAUAAAAGCGAUGAAUUUGGCUUGUAAAGACGAAUGAUAUAUGUAAAAGGUAGUUAAAAAUUGUUCUUCAAACGCAGAGUAUUAUUCAACUCGCAUAGUCGCUUGUCUUGUCA